AUGAAACAAUGUUUCAAAGCUGCAACCAGCUGCUGCUGCUGCUGUUGGAGUUGGAAACCAGAGAAGAAGGAGAAUGUGGCCGUGGUUCCAAGAGGGCACUUGGCGGUUUACGUGGGUGAAGACUGGAAAAGAUAUGUCAUCAGGGUAGCUUUGAUCAACCAUCCCCUCUUCAGGAAACUGCUUGACCAGCUGCUACUUGAUGAUGAACCAGAUCAUGAUUUCCAGGCAAGGAGGCUUCACAUUCCCUGCUGUGACACCCUUUUCAUCGACAUUCUCGACUGCGCGAAACAUGAUUAUGAUUACUGCUGCCGACGACCCUCCUUCUGUUGCUGGAGCUCUUGCUUUUGA